AUGCGUGUGUCCAAUCGCGUGGUGCAGAACUGGAUCAGAAACGGCUGCGACGACAUCCACUUUUUCCAGAUCGGCGGCGACCCGCGCUUCUACUAUACCAAGAUCAGGCCGGGCGUCAAAGAGUUCCUGGAGGCCGUAAAGGACAUGUAUGAGCUGCAUGUGUACACCAUGGGCACACGCGCAUAUGCAAAGGAGAUCUGCAACAUCAUUGAUCCUGGCGCACACUACUUCUCCACACGCAUCCUCACACAGGACGAGAGCGCCCGUAUCGACACCAAGAGCAUCAAUCUGAACCACCUGUUCCCGCGCGGCGAUGACAUGGUAGUCAUCUUGGACGACACCGCCGCAAUGUGGGACUUCCGCCCAAACCUCAUCCCCGCUGCGCCAUACGAUUACUUCCAAAUGCUCGACGAAGUCAACGUCAACGUCUCCCAAAUGGCGGAGGCGAAAGCGACAACAGCAAAACUGCACGCAGCGCAUCGAAGGACGAAAUACUCCAAUCAGAUUGCAUUUCCGAGCGACCUCGCCCACGAAUUCACUGGCGCAGGGUUUGACCAGACGACGGGGGAUGCGCUUGCGUACGCGCUGUGUUUGGAUGCACGCGAGCGUUACGAGUGGCAGUCGGCAACGGCUAUCGAAGACAUGCAGGCGACGUGCAAGGGAUUGGGCAUCACGCAGCGCUUGUGCACGCUGAUUGAGAUGUGGAACAGAGACGCCGUUGCCACCGCAGAGACGGCGAGGAAGAAUGAUCAAGCUCCGCGCGAUCCCGAUGCACAUGCGCAGGAUUUGAUUUCGCAGGAGCUGCGAGCGGCCAUCUCGCUCGUGCACGCCGCGUUUCGCGGUCUGCACUGCGUGUUCCGCCUGCUGCCCGUGAAGGCGGACGGACAGUCCGGCGGUGGCGGUGCACAGGGUGCAGCGCCAACACCAACAGCUGCUGCAUCAUCGUCAGCCGCAAGCACCAGCGGUGGUGGUGGCGGUGGCGGUGCGCCAAAGUACAAGCGCAGGCGGCCACGCCACCGUGCUCAGCAGCAUCAACAACAACAGCAGCAUUGGGCACCGUCUGCCGUCACGAGCUCUUCCUCAGCAGGUGGUGGUGUGGGCAGUCAUCGUGAUGCGCGGGAGCGUGGAGAUGAGAGCCAGCCACCGUCGAAGCAGGCAAAGCACACACCAGCAGAAGGUACCGGUCAUGGUGGACAAGAUACAGGCACGGGUGAACGAGAGGACAAGCAGCAACAGCAACAGCAACAGCAACACCACAGCAGCGCUGCCACGAGUGCCCAGACAUUGUCACCACCUAUGCCUGCUGCAUUGCGUACAACAGAGGCGCGGCAGGCUGCACCGUCACCGCGUGCCCCUGCAGGCUGCACCUUUGAGCUUGUUCUGUUUGCACUGCCCAUUGAUGGCGAUUAUGGCGAAGAUGGUGCGCCGUGCCACUUGGAGCGCCUGCGUCUCCAUCUCCUGCGGCAGAUUUCAUGUCUGGCACGAAUUGAGCGGGUUGACAAGGGCGGGUAUCGCAUCCACAUGGGCCGGUGGAUUGCAAACAUUGUUCGAACCCUCGGCGCAAAGGGCAUCGAGGAGGUGCUGCUGAGCCGGCUGCGGUGUGUGGAGCUGACGGAGGCAUGUCUCCUCCUCCGUAUGGCCCGCCAGCUCACACCUGUUGGGCCAUGGAAGGACGAGAGCGACGACCAUGCGGUGCUGUCCCGCCUGGCAUCGAAGCUCGGCGGGCCGGAGUGGCGCGUGCAGCGGCAGCCGCGUCUUCGCCCCCACGAGGACACAGAUGCGCACUUGAAGACCGUCACAGACAUCUGCAAGGAGAUCUGCACCUCCUUCUUCCACGCCUACGACCGGGAUGGUGUUGCGCCCAGCACAAAGGCAAUUCUCCCUCGCCUUCACCGCAAGUUCCCACACUACCCGCCAUGGAUCUUGGAAGGCGUGAGAAUCGUGUUCACGGGCGUGAUACCGCGUGGGCAGAGCGCCUACACGCACCCCGCCUGGCGAAUGGCCGUCAACAUGGGCGCCGUCGUCGUUGACCAGGUGGACGAGCGUGUGACGCAUGUGGUUGCACGCGUCGACGGCACAGACAAGGUCCGACAGGCCCGCAAGAUGGGCGGUGUCCACGUAGUCUACCUCAAGUGGCUGGAGGCAUGUGCUUCACAGCAUCGGCGAGUGGAUGAGGCGCUGUUUGCGGUGCAUAAGGGAACGGAGGAAGGAGGCAAGGGGAGGCCACGACAUCAGCCGCAAGGUGAAGCAUCCGCGCCAACCUCCGCCUUUGACGAGCAAGUUGCCGAGGCCCAACACCAGCACGAGCGCCGCCGCAAGCCACACAGACGAACGCCAGCAGCCGUGCGCGUGCGCGUUCGUCCUGACGAUGAGGAAGAUGAUGACGAGGGGGAUGAGGAGGAUGACGAUGAGGGCGAUGCCGAGAACGGGCGUGCGGUUGGGGAUGUGGACUUGAUUGAGGUUGAUGAUGAUGAUGACGACGACGACGACAACGACGAGGAGGGUGGUGAUGAUGCAAUGGAUGCUGGUGAUUACGGGGACGACUAUGUCGAUGAUGAUGACGCUGACAACGUCGACAAUGAAUCAUACGAAUGAAAUGAUGCUGCAUUACCCGGCGCUGCGUCUGCGGGCUCGCAGCUGUUGUUCUGUUGUGCUGCUGUGCCUUUGUGUGUGGGGGGGGGUUACAUGACAUUACUUUGCACCACCUCGCCUGAUUGGUGUUCUUGUUGCUUGCUAGCUCGCAUGCUCGCUUGUGUGUCUCUGCUGUGGUUUCCCAUCCCAUCAUUGACACAAUGCCAUGUCUACCCUGUCAUCCUUGUGAACGCCAAGCAGGCUAAGCAAUAAACAACCCUGAGUGGCA